AUGAAUCGCCCGUCCUUCAGGCCGCGGCCAGUGGACAUCAAUAAGAAGCUCGCGAUCGUCCGAUCGACAGACGAGCUGAACGCGGAGGACGAGGGCGUAUCGAGGACCGUCCAUCAUGGCCACAUCGCUCUCGAUGCCGAAAACGAGCAGGUCCAGACCAUCCUGCCGGCACCGUCAAAGAAGGGACCGUCCGUGGAGAUCCCGACACCUCACUGCGGCGUGGUCGAAGCGUACGACAAGCUCUACCCGGCGAACUUUCGCCAACCGUCGUCGUACAUUCGCAGCAAGCACGUGCGGCAGGACGACGGGGUGUACGUGGAGUAUGAUCUGGAUGACGAGGACGAGGACUGGCUGGAAGUGCUCAACCAGAACAGGCUGCUGCUCGCUGCAGACAGGCUGGAGUGGAUGAUCUACCAGAUGGAGCUCCUGGAUGCGCGGGCGAGGGCCAAGGCGGGGACGGCCAUGCUGGCAGGCGCGGUGGACCAGACGGGUGCUGCUGGGCAGGUGUCAUCUGGGGGAGUGCGAGUGCCGGUCCUGCUGCAGCAGCAACAAGCUGUCGAUGCGUUGAGAGCACAAGUACCAAGGCAGGCCAUCAUCGCUGCAGCGUACGACUACUGGCGGUCCAAGAGGGAGCGAUGGGGGAAACCCAUUUUGCGGCGCCUGCAGCCGUCGCCUGCCAUCACCGACACGAACCCGUUCAACGUUUUCCGACCGAGAGAGAGAGCCCACCGGCCCAACACACGGCGGAUGCAGCGGAGGGAGAAUGACAUGGCAUCAUAUGAAAAGCUCGUGCGGGUGCGUCUUACUUCCCUGUCAAUGUGA